GAAAGCCCUAAAUCCCUGUUUGGUUGUCCCCUAAAACCCUAAACCCUUCUGUCUCUCUCUCAGUUUCUCUGCAACUCGAAAAGGAGAAAAAUGAGCUUCGCUUCCAUUCUUCGCAAAUCGGCCUCCUCCUUCGCCCCAGUAGCGAGUCGACUCGCCCAGGGCGGCCGGAGACAUUACCAUUAUGCCCUCGUCACUGCCAUUAACAACUCAAAUCUCUCUCACAAGCAGUUUAUUAGCCCCCUGGUUCCCUACUUCCAUUACUCCUCUGCGUCGAAGAAAUCUAGCUCGGAUGAGUCUCUCGUCCGAGUCAUCGACUCAGAGAUCCAGUGCGCCGCCGAGUCCGAUGAUCACGAGCGGGUUGAAGAGGUUCCAAGUGGUUUCCCUUUUGAGAUCCUGGAUAAUCCUGGAGUUCAAACUGUAACUCUAAAGAGAACAUAUCAAGAUGAAGACAUACAUGUCGAAGUUCACAUGCCUAAUCUAGUUACCGGAGAAGAUGAAGAUGAUGACAAUGGAGAUGAAGAUGGUGAAAAGGCUAGCCAGUCUAGCAUUCCACUGGUUGUUAAUGUCUCUAAGAAGAGUGGACCUUCUCUGGAGUUUAGUUGCACUGCUUACCCAGAUGAGAUUGCAAUUGACAGCUUGAUAGUAAAACAACCAGAAAAUUCAGAAGAUCAGAUUGCCUAUGAAGGACCUGACUUCCAUGAUUUGGAUGAGAAUCUGCAGAAAGCUUUUCACAAGUACUUAGAGAUUAGAGGAAUCAAACCCAGUACAACAAAUUUUUUGCAUGAAUACAUGAUCAACAAAGACAGCAGAGAGUACUUGGUGUGGUUGAAGAAACUUAAGGAGUUUGUUGAAGCAUAAUUAAUUUUGGUGGAAAAAAUCUCGAGAAAACAGACAUCUGAGUAGUUACUGGAGAUUUACUGUUCAUGUCUGGAAUAAAGAAGUUACAUUUUAUUGAGAAAAGUUGUUCCAUUAGAGCUUUUGAAGGAUUGCUGUUUUAGAAACCAGUUUUGAUAGUGAUUUUCUUUAUUAUUACAAUUUUGUGUUUGGAAUCCAAGAGGCAAUCAUAAUCGUCAAGUGCAUUUUAUAUCUUA